CUCCUCACACUCUCUCUCUCUCCCCCCCUCUCUUUCUCUGAUCUUUGUCACUCGGUUUGCCUUUACGGCUUCUUUGUUUCCUGCUUUAUUAAGCCUUCCCUUCAUUUAGUUUUUCUUCCUUCUCUUUUUUUAUUCUUUAAUCCCUCAGCCUCAGAGCUGAGCUUUCAGCACAGAGCACUCUCUCGGCCUCCCUGUUUCUUUAAUUUUUUUUUCUUUCAUCUGCUUCACCGGCGCUCGUUUCCCUGUAAACUCUUAAGGCCUUUAGUGAGUUUGAUUGGAGAAAGAGCAGAGAUGACGAGGCAGAAUGUAGUUGUAGCCGAUAGCAAAUCCGGUAUCAACGUGGCGAUAACGAUGACGGUAUCGAACUCAUCCCUGUUCACGAAGGCGGUACAGAAGACUCGGGAGACACAGGGGGGAUGCAUAAACAUUCCACCGAAGAAAGUCGGAGGUGGAGCGAGAAUCAACGCGUGGGUUGAUUCAAUGAGAGCUUCCUCCCCCACCCGUGUCAAAUCCGCAGCUUCUCUAUCCGACCAGAACUCUUGGAUGCUUCGCCACCCAUCAGCUUUGAACAUGUUCGAGCAAAUAAUAGAAGCUUCAAAGGGCAAGCAAAUAGUGAUGUUUUUGGACUACGACGGCACGCUUUCGCCCAUAGUUGAUGACCCGGAUCGCGCUUUCAUGUCCGACGCGAUGAGAGCAGCAGUGAGACAGCUUGCUAGAUAUUUCCCCACUGCUAUAGUGAGUGGAAGAUGCAGGGACAAGGUGUACAACUUUGUACGAUUAGCAGAGCUUUACUAUGCAGGCAGUCACGGCAUGGACAUUAAAGGACCAGCAAAAGGUUCCAAAUACAAAAAAGAGACAAAGGCUGUCCUCUUCCAACCAGCCAGUGAAUUCCUUCCCAUGAUCGACGAGGUUUACAAAGCAUUGUUGGAGAAAACCAAGUCCAUCCCAGGAGCAAGUGUGGAGCACAACAAGUUCUGUCUCUCUGUGCAUUACCGCUGUGUUGAUGAGAAGAAGUGGAGUAUUCUGGCACAGCAGGUUAGAUCAGUGUUACAGCAGUACCCUAAGCUUCGACUGACUCAAGGAAGGAAGGUGUUGGAGAUCCGUCCUACCAUUAAAUGGGACAAAGGGAAGGCUCUUGAAUUUUUGUUAGAGUCGCUCGGAUUUGGCAACUGUACCGAUGUUUUUCCUGUUUACAUUGGAGAUGAUCGAACUGAUGAAGAUGCAUUCAAGAUCUUAAGAGAUAGGGGACAAGGUUUUGGCAUUCUAGUCUCUAAAAUUCCCAAGGAUACCUCUGCAUCUUAUUCCCUACAGGAACCCCUUGAGGCAAGAACCCUAUCUUAUUACAUACAUGCACUUAUCUUAUUCCUUUACUUACUUUCACACCUGCUUGUAUUAAUUAUCAUUUUUUUUUUCUUGAUAAAUCUGUAGGUUAUGUACUUUUUACAACGCUUGGUAGAGUGGAAGCGACUGUCAAUGAGGCAAUACAGGGUGUAAAGAGCAGAAGAAAUUGAAUAUUCUCCCUCCCUUUUGAGAAAUGUCAUAAGGGUUGGAUGAAAAUAUGUAAUUUCUUGUUGAAGAAUUAGUUUAAGAUAAUGAUUAAAAAAAAAAGGAGGGAAGAAAAAGGACUUCCCCCUUGGCUUGAAGGCCUUGUACAUCUUGUAAGUUUGUCACUACCUGUGUACAAGGAAGAAAGUUUGUAACUGUGCAACUUGUCUAAAUGGAUAAAGCAUCUUGUUUCUGCCUUAA